UAACUCCCCUUGCCCCUCUACGCCCCGCAUAUAUUAACGUCUGCUUGGCUUCUGUAUUUCAAAUGUUGCUUUUUUUUUCUCGGCGUAUCGAAUUCGAAACUUAAUAGGAUAUUUUCACAAACAGAAAAGGAAGUGUACAAGUGUGUAAUUUCUUGGGGGAUAUAAAAAGACUAUUUUAAAACUAAUUUUGUUAAACAAAGAAUAGGACAAAGACAAUUAACAAUGGCUGAUUUUUCUACAAUUGUUUUAUUUUUGAUCUUCGGAUUAUUAUUCGUACCACCCACGAGAAGCCAGACAGCGAGUGAUGACAGUUCUCUCUACUCACCUGAAGAAAUCAGCAGUACCUUUUCAGCAAGUGAAACCUCGAACGAUAUGACGACAACAGAACUUGAUGACGUUACCUCGACGCUCCCCAGCUGGGCAGCAACUCUCUCAGCAUCAGAAGAUUCCUCCCCAGAACAAUCCAGCUUUGACGUGCAAUCAGAUUUCGUAUCCUCACAAUCUUCUACUGAUGAUAUUUCUGCCAUUUUCCCUUCGUCGACGAAUGCUUUAGAUAUAUCUGCAACAACUGUGGACUAUUCUGAGUCUUCUAGCUAUAUAGACCAAUCAACGGAGAUGGUGGGUUCUUUUAGCUCUGAGGUUGUAACAUCAACAGUUUCAGCACAAGAAUCUAUUUCACCAUCCGCAACAGAUUCAGCACAAGAAUCUAUUUCACCAUCCGCAACAGAUACAGCACAAGAAUCUAUUGUACCAUCCGCAACAGAUUCAGCACAAGAAUCUAUUUCACCAUCCGCAACAGAAUCAGCACAAGAAUCUAUUUCACCAUCCGCAACAGAUACAGCACAAGAAUCUAUUUCACCAUCCGCGACAGAUUCAGCACAAGAAUCUAUUUCACCAUCCGCAACAGAAUCAGCACAAGAAUCUAUUUCACCAUCCGCAACAGAUACAGCACAAGAAUCUAUUUCACCAUCCGCAACAGAUUCAGCACAAGAAUCUAUUUCACCAUCCGCAACAGAUACAGCACAAGAAUCUAUUUCACCAUCCGCAACAGAUUCAGCACAAGAAUCUAUUUCACCAUCCGCAACAGAUUCAGCACAAGAAUCUAUUUCACCAUCCGCAACAGAUACAGCACAAGAAUCUAUUUCACCAUCCGCAACAGAUACAGCACAAGAAUCUAUUUCACCAUCCGCAACAGAAUCAGCACAAGAGUCUAUUUCACCAUCCGCAACAGAAUCAGCACAAGAAUCUAUUUCACCAUCCGCAACAGAUACAGCACAAGAAUCUAUUUCACCAUCCGCAACAGAUACAGCACAAGAAUCUAUUUCACCAUCCGCAACAGAAUCAGCACAAGAAUCUAUUUCACCAUCCGCAACAGAUACAGCACAAGAAUCUAUUUCACCAUCCGCAACAGAUUCAGCACAAGAAUCUAUUUCACCAUCCGCAACAGAUACAGCACAAGAAUCUAUUUCACCAUCCGCAACAGAUACAGCACAAGAAUCUAUUUCACCAUCCGCAACAGAUACAGCACAAGAAUCUAUUUCACCAUCCGCAACAGAUACAGCACAAGAAUCUAUUUCACCAUCCGCAACAGAUACAGCACAAGAAUCUAUUUCACCAUCCGCAACAGAUACAGCACAAGAAUCUAUUUCACCAUCCGCAACAGAUUCAACACAAGAAUCUAUUUCACCAUCCGCAACAGAUACAGCACAAGAAUCUAUUUCACCAUCCGCAACAGAAUCAGCACAAGAAUCUAUUUCACCAUCCGCAACAGAUACAGCACAAGAAUCUAUUUCACCAUCCGCAACAGAUACAGCACAAGAAUCUAUUUCACCAUCCGCAACAGAUACAGCACAAGAAUCUAUUUCACCAUCCGCAACAGAAUCAGCACAAGAAUCUAUUUCACCAUCCGCAACAGAAUCAGCACAAGAAUCUAUUUCACCAUCCGCAACAGAUAUAGCACAAGAAUCUAUUUCACCAUCCGCAACAGAUACAGCACAAGAAUCUAUUUCACUAUCCGCAACAGAAUCAGCACAAGAAUCUAUUUCACCAUUCGCAACAGAUACAGCACAAGAAUCUAUUUCACCAUCCGCAACAGAUACAGCACAAGAAUCUAUUUCACCAUCCGCAACAGAAUCAGCACAAGAAUCUAUUUCACCAUCCGCAACAGAUACAGCACAAGAAUCUAUUUCACCAUCCGCAACAGAAUCAGCACAAGAAUCUAUUUUACCAUCCGCAACAGAAUCAGCACAAGAAUCUAUUUCACCAUUCGCAACAGAUACAGCACAAGAAUCUAUUUCACCAUCCGCAACAGAUACAGCACAAGAAUCUAUUUCACCAUCCGCAACAGAAUCAGCACAAGAAUCUAUUUCACCAUCUACAACAGACGCACCACCAGUAUCUAUAGCACCAUCUACAACAGAUGCACCACCAGUAUCUAUAGCACCAUCUACAACAGACGUACCACCAGUAUCUAUUGCACCAUCUACAACAGACGCACCACCCGUAUCUAGUGCACCAUCUACUACAGAUGCAGCCCCACAAACUACUACACAAGCUCUCACACCAUCUACGACAGAUGUUGCACCUACUCCAUCCAGCUCAAUCUACACACCGUCACAAUCUAUCUCCACCACGCCAUCUCCUCCAACGACAUCAACAACGACAUCAACAACGACAUCAACAACUUCAGCUCCUCCUCAAAGUGUCGACCUAGAGGUCUCGUUUAAUUAUGUCACAAAUUCUAGCCUGAAAAAUACAACUGACCCAGAAUACAUAGAACUGUUCAACGCAACAGAACAAUUGCUGACCAGAGAAUUUAAAAAUAUCCCAGGUUUUAUUCGCGUCAAUCUUACAAGUAUACGAAAAGGCAGUGUGAUUGCAUCUUUUACAAUCGUUAAGACAGCUUCAAGCGACUCCGCUCUCGAUGUGGAUAAAGCGAUUACAGACUUAUCUAGCAAACCUUUGGAAUUGAACGGCCAGCCAGUUACAAUAACCAACAUCACAGUCAACGGGAGAGAAUACAAUACCUCUAUGGGAGCCUGUGAGAAGGUCGCCAUUUUGUUUCCCUGCAGUGCCGAGGAAGUUUGCGUGGAGGAGGAAACAAAGGGAUCUUGCAAGAGAUUUGAUGAAACUUUAACAUUUGUAAUGUUGGUGACACCGACUGGAGACCAACAAGAUAUAAACGCAACUUUGGACGGCAAAAACAAAACGAAACAUUUGUUGUUAGCUGUAAUCGAAAAUUACACAUCGAUUGUAAAGGACAUCACAGUGCUAAACAUAAGGUAA